AUGCUAUCACAUAGUGCCAUGGUGAAGCAAAGGAAACAGCAAGCAUCAGCCAUCACAAAGGAAAUCCAUGGAAACGAUGUAGAUGGCAUGAACCUGGGCAAAAAAGUCAGUAUCCCCAGAGACAUCAUGAUAGAAGAAUUGUCCCAUUUCAGUAAUCGUGGCGCCAGACUGUUUAAGAUGCGUCAAAGAAGAUCUGACAAAUAUACCUUUGAAAAUUUCCAGUAUGAAACUAAAGCACAAAUAAAUCACAAUAUUGCUAUGCAGAAUGGGAAAAUUGAUGGAAGCAACCUGGAAGGUGGUUCACAGCAAGCCCCCUCGACUCCUCCCAACACCCCAGAUCCACGAAGCCCCCCAAAUCCAGAGAACAUUGCACCAGGGUACUCUGGACCCCUGAAGGAAAUACCUCCAGAAAGAUUUAACACGACCGCUGUUCCCAAGUACUAUCAGUCACCCUGGGAACAAGCCAUUGGCAGCGACCCCGAGCUCCUCGAGGCCUUGUACCCGAAACUUUUCAAGCCUGAAGGGAAGGCAGAACUGCCUGAUUACCGAAGCUUUAACAGAGUUGCCACUCCAUUUGGAGGCUUUGAAAAGGCAUCGAAAAUGGUUAAAUUCAAAGUUCCAGAUUUUGAACUUCUACUGCUAACGGAUCCCAGGUUCAUGGCCUUUGCCAAUCCUCUUUCAGGCAGACGGUCCUUUAACAGGACUCCAAAGGGAUGGAUAUCUGAAAAUAUUCCUGUAGUGAUAACAACUGAACCUACAGAAGACACCACUGUGCCAGAAUCAGAUGAUCUGUGA